AACAUGUUUUGUUUUAGUAAAGCAAAUGUCAAAUGAAUCCAACUUAUUUAAGUGAAGAGAUAAAACUGGAGUUAGAGAUGAACUCGGUUCUAUUAGAUUUCAAAAAAUGAAAAAAUGAUGAAAAAUCAUCAUUGACUCCACACACCCAGCACACAAACUCUUUGAUCUGCUGCCCUCUGGCCGGCGCUUUAGAGCACCAAACACCAGGACUUCCAGACACAGAAGCAGCUUCUUCCCCCAGGCAAUCUCCCUCCUAAACAGAUAACUGCUCCUUAAGAGCAAUAUUCCACUUCCACUACUCCUAUAGUGUGCACUACUGUGCCUUAUUAUAUCUACAUCUGAUGUAUACAUGUAUAUAACACUACCUCUACUUACUAAAUUAUCCAUUUGCACAAGUGUACAUACAAUCUGUUAAUAUGUAUAUUCUACUAUUUACUACCCUGUACAAUGUCUCUUAUAUGUUAUUAUCCCCCAUUUUCUGUAAAAUAGUCUUUAUUUUAUAUAUGCACAAUUUAGAAUCUUUUAGACUGUAAAUCGUAUUAUAUUGUAUUGUCAUUGUGUUGAAUGUCUGUACUAGAAGCUUCCAACACCAAAGAAAAUUCCUUCUGUGUGCAAGCACACUUGGCAAUAAAGCUCUUCUGAUUCUGAUUCUGAUAUGAAAUGAUCCAUAACUACUAUUUGCAGUGCGAGGUAACUGAUUAGAUCAUUGUUUUUAAAGCUUAACAUGUGUAAUAUUACAUGUUUUAUAACUACAAUUCUGUAAUCCUUUUACUGAACCAUAGGCUAAAGACUGAUGACAGAUUAAAGACAGCUGUUUCUAAUCAUCAGUUAUUUUCAUUAUACAUGAUAAUCAUGUCUUGGGUUUACUUUCUGAGAAAUAUAUAGUGAUGAAAUAUUGAUUUGAGUGGAAAUGUUUUGAUUGUAGUUUUCAUGUGGAAACUACAGAACACAAGUACAGAUGUGUAUGAAAUACAGAAUGAGUGGAUGGGUUUAGAUAAAUUGUGUCAUCUUAUUCCUAAAAGUGUAGUAAUAAUCCACUAUAAAUGCGACUACGUACAUUAUUCAAUCAUUUACAAUGAAAGAAUUAAAACGUUUGACAAAACAUAAAAUUUGAGAGACAGGGCAUUAAUAUUACACUCGCUUUUCUCAAACGGACGCACGCUUUGAUCGAUGAACCCCACCGACAAUGUUCCGUGACGUUUGGAACAGAGAUCUGCUGCACUGCUUCGGCGCUUCCGCCAGUAACCACUAGAGGUCACCUGUGCGCUUCCUUGUCGUUGUGACAGGCUGCGCGAUUCUCUCUCUGUUGUGUCAAUUACGUCUUCUUUACUGAGCUGUUCUGGACCUUUUUGUUGUAUUUCGUGUUACUGAAUUCUGUUGUUGAGUUCUUCAUUUGUAAAUCGUACAAAUGCUAAUCACAUGCCUAAUCAGAGGAACCGUAAAAAGACAGGAAGUUCUGAACAGAUCACAGGAAGUUACUUUGUCUCUGUACUUUCCUAACAGACUAUACAAUGAACGAUGGUAAAAUACAUAUUAAUAAAUAAAAAAGUUUAAUAUGAAAUUCGUACUGAGGUUAAUUGUGUUGACGGUGCAGCAGCGCCCUCUUGUGGCGCGCGUCAGAACAACAUAAAAACAGCCGAUCUCUAUGGCAACAUGCCAUAACACCAGCGCGCGACACAAACCCUUCAUAUUUUUCCCUUGACCUGUUUAUUUGAAACACAUCUUGAUAUUUUAGAGAAAACAUGUCCCGUACUCAGGCUGAAAGUGUUAUAAGAAACAUUAUCCGUGAAAUCGCGCAAACAUGUUUGAGCAGAGGACCAACUCUGUCCGAAACCCUCAUCGCUUUCAUGGUGAAAGCUGUUGUUUUGGACCCCAGGAAUCAUUUUAAUGUGGACAGAACUCUCACCAAGCAAGUUGUAAAGAAACUCAUAGAGAUUUGUGUGGACAGACUGAUGGACGAGGACAGUCCCACUCUAAACACCAUUCAGAUGCAGGUUUAUUUUGACAUGAACUACACAUCUCGACGUGAGUUUGCAGACGUCCAGCAGAAGAUCCAGCAGUCACGUGUGCAGUCGCUGAGCAGAGACGUCACAGACACCAGAGCCAGGAGCAGAGAAGAGCUGCACCACCUCUACACAAAGAUAGCCAGCUACAUCAUACAGCGCUCCAACCUGGGCUCAAACACAGACUUCAACACAGUCCGAGAGACCACCGCCGCUCUUCAGAGUGUGUUUCCACCGUCGGAGCUCAGCACCUUCAUGUCUCUUCUGAAACAAGACAAAGAAGAGCAGCUGAAGGAGCUGACGCUGAUCGUGAGCGGCAUACGACUCUUCAACAAGAGCAACAGCAGAGGAGGAGAGGCCAUACGCGACGUGCCGGCCGUCCUGAACGAGACGCUGCCCGCCGCCGCGGCAGAUGUGGAGAGAGAACUGGCGGCGUGUCAGCGUCUGGCGUGGCAGUACACAGCCCUGCUGGAGAAGAUCAUCGAGCAGGACACCGACUGCCCCGUCCAGCCACAUGUGCUCAAACACUCUCUCUAUAACACACGACAACACGAGGCCUUCCUCAAAAUCAUACUGGCGGACAUGAUUCUGUGCGCGAGAGAGGUGACGCGGCUCCAGUCCGACCUGACGUCCAGAAUGAAGCUCGUGCAGGACACGGUGCACUCCAUGUCUGCUGUGCCCACAUCUCAAGUGUUUCCUCAUUUCACAGCGUUGGCUGAAAUGUGGGCGGGGCUUGAGGGAGAGAAGAUGUUGCUGAGCAUGCUCACUAGCGCGGCGUCCGGUCUGAGAGGCUUUGUGUCGGCUCCGUCUCUGCUGAACCCAGAUCAGCUGGAGCGACUGCUGGAGGGCGAGCAGGUGCGAUCAGACAUGGAGAGGUGUUCUGGGACUGCAGGAGAGCGUGUUGUGAUGACGUCAGACAUGAGCGGGUGUGAGUGGAUGUUUCCGGAGAGGGCAGUGAACUUUGAGGGCGUUCCUCUGCAGUAUAAAGGUGUUUGUGGCUGGACGCUCGUACAGAAGAAGGGUCUGAUAGUGCCAGGUAAUCCACACGUGGGUGUUCUGAAGCACCGAGAGAAGUUUUACGCCUUCAGUUCCAGAAGCGCUGCGUGUGAGUUCGCGUCCAGAGCGGAUGAAUAUAUCACAGCUGUGGCAGAGAUGGCAAAGACAUCGGCUGAGCUCAUACAACUGCUUCAUCUGCAUCAGGAGUUUGCCUGUGUAACACCUUAUGCUGAGAUGCAGUCGGGACAGAAUCUGCUGGUGAAGGCCAUCUCUAAAAGUGACAGCAGCACACAAACUGAGAUUCACCCGCUGGAGACCAACAUCGUGAAGUCUUAUGAGUGGAACGAGUGGGAAGUGAGGAGAAAAGCCAUUAAACUGGCUAAUCUGAGAAAGAAAGUGACACGCUCAAUGCAGACCGAUCUGAGUCACAUGAGACGACAAAACAGCACGCAGACGUUCCUUCCCAAAGACGCCGGCAGUCAGACCAAACGAGACGGAGAGAGCGACGUACCAAAACCACAGGUCUAUCUGUCUGGACUGAGAGGACAAGAAACAAAUAUGAUGAAAGUUGAUUUAACUAGAACUAUCGAUGAAUGAUCUAUGAUGCCUGACACACUGCAAACAAAACCAAAUAAAAUCUUUCUGACUGCUGCCUUUGACUCGUAACUGCAAACAAAGGUUCAUUGAUUUGAAAAUCAAUGAUAAGUAGACUGUUUGUGUUGCUUGAGAAUGAUUGCUUCAGAUAGACAUUACCUUCCUAUUCUAAGCAGAAAGGGAUUUGUUUAGAAUUAGAAUAUUCCAUCUGCAUUUGGCCUUUUCCAAAAAUCUCACGACAACAAAUUUGAGAGUAUUUUGAUUUAGAAUACAUUUAGGGUCUCUUGACUUUUUAGGUAUGAAAGAUAUACUUGUGCUUGUGUUAUGCUAUGUAGUUUUUUAUGUAGAAAAACUGAUGCUUCCCGCAUCAGUUUUUCUAUUUGAAAUGCAAAAGCUUUAAAGCUCAACAUCUGAAAACUAUCGGCAUAAGCCUGGU